AAUAGCUAUCACUGCUGCACGUGUUUGGGUAUUGGAAAGAGCAUGUUUUCAAGCGAUUAUGAUGAAAACUGGUUUAGAACGAAUUGAAGAACGCAAAGCAUUUCUACGAAGUGUACCAUUAUUGAAAGAUUUAUCACCUAAUCGAAUAUUACGUAUAGCUGAUGCUUUAGAAGCACAAUAUCAUUCAGCUGGUGAUUGUAUCAUAAGACAAGGUGAAUUGGCUGAUAGUUUCUUUUUGAUUCAAUCUGGAAAAGUUCGUGUCACUAUUUCUUCACCUCAAAAUAAUGGUUCCAAUGAGACUAAAGAAACUGAAAUUCGACAAUUAACUAAAGGUGAAUAUUUCGGUGAGAAAGCAUUACUUGGUGAAGGUCGUCGUACAGCGAAUGUAUACGCUGUUGGUCCUGGCGGUGUUGAAGUGUUAUGUUUAUAUCGAAAAGAUUUUCUAGAAUUAAUUGGUGAUAUACAAGAGCUGAAAAAUAAAGAAUAUACAGAUGAAGAAACACGUCUAUUAAGUCAUAGUUCAUUUUCACAAGAUUCCUCUUCUUCAAUGAUUAUCAGUGGCAGUAGUGCAAAAGAUACCGAUACUGGAUCAAAUGGUGUUGUAUCCACAACUAAAAGUCAACAUGAAUUAAAUACUACACCUAAUAAUGCAACAUUUAAUUAUGUUAAUCAAUCUCUAUUACCGGCAAAUUUAUUAAUACAACCUAAAAAUCAAUGUAAUAUACAAUUGAAAGAUUUAGAACGUAUUUGUGUAUUAGGUGUUGGUGGAUUUGGACGAGUGGAUUUAGUCACAUUAACAAACGACCGAACUCAAGCAUUUGCAUUGAAACGAUUACAAAAAGCACAUAUUGUACAAACUCGACAACAAGAACAUGUGUAUUGUGAGAAAUUAAUUCUUUCCUCAGUUUCGUCGCCAUUCAUUUGUCGGUAA